AUAGUACACACAUUUCACAGUGGGGUCUGCGUAAGGAACACCUGUUUCAAAGCAGCCAGCAACCCAGCAUUGGACUUGCAGAUCUUUCUGCUGCUGAAGGCGAGCGUGUGAAGCCUCAGACACUCCUUCAGAUCUUCCUCAAGUCUUUUGGAUAAUAAAAAAAGGUGACGUUUGGGGAAAAAAAUAAGAUCAAAGUUUUUGGAUUGCCCCAGCGAGCACCGUGCGAUCUAUAUUUCUCAAGGAUUCAUGCUGAUGUAUGCAGUCUUUUAUAGAGUAAAAACAGCGCAUGCCUUUCUGGAGUCAGAAUCCAUAAAUUCUGACGUAGCCUUGUUCAUCUAAAAAAAAUCCAAUAACGCCGGGUUUUAAGUUGCUAUGAUCAUCGUUAUCUUCUUCCAAUGGAGAAACUACGAAUUUUUAUUCUCAAUGCAGCUGGAUCGCCUGAAGAUCAAACAGCCUGCUAGACCUGGGAUUAUUUAAAAAAAACAAUAUGUUUAUGUAAGCAGAAUCGCCGGCGGCGACUGAUGGCUCCGUUAGGUGAAGUUGGGAACUAUCUUGGUGUCCAGGAUGCAAUACCUUUUGGGAAUGUGCCCGUUUUGCCGGUGGAUAACCCGGUUCUCCUGAGUGAUCACCUCGGCCAGUCCGAGGGGGGUUUGAGCAGGGGCUCAGUCACGGACCUGGCUCACUUAAAGGGGAUCCUCAGGCGGAGACAGCUGUACUGCAGGACUGGCUUUCACUUAGAGAUUUUUCCUAAUGGAACUAUCCAGGGAACCAGACAGGAUCACAGCCGCUUUGGUAUACUGGAAUUCAUUAGUAUAGCAGUUGGCCUGGUCAGCAUUCGUGGUGUAGACAGUGGACUCUACCUCGGAAUGAAUGAGAAGGGAGAGCUGUAUGGUUCGGAGAAAUUGACUGCAGAGUGUGUUUUCCGGGAACAGUUUGAGGAAAACUGGUACAAUACCUACUCAUCAAAUGUAUAUAAGCAUGCGGACACUGGAAGACGGUACUUUGUCGCGUUAAAUAAAGAUGGAACCCCAAGGGAAGGGACUAGGACUAAAAGGCACCAAAAAUUCACACAUUUUUUACCGAGACCAGUGGACCCUGACAAAGUACCUGAAUUAUACAAGGAUGUAUUAAGCCAAAGUUGAUGAAGACAAUCCUUAAGUUUGGACCACUGAAAAGCAACCACUAUAUUGGUUCAUGUGGUGGGUUCUAAAUGAUUAGCUGUGUCAUCACAUCAGCUCUACUGUUGCCAAACUUUGUCGCAUGCAUUGUGUAUGGAGGCUUGGAUGGGACACGCUGAUUUUGUUCUGCACUUACAGUUUGUCCUCCCAGAGGUGAGCCUGUGCCCACUUGCUUGGUUGAGAAAAAAAAAUGUGUAAGAGGGAGGAAUAUAAUGAAAUGCCGAGGAGAAAGUUGGCCUGAUGCAUGCUCCAAGAUGGGACACGCUUUAAAUUUUUUUGAUCAGUUCUAUUUCGUUGUGUAUCAGCAUAGCUGCCAUACUUUGAUUCAUCAGGAUACUGGCUGGUGACAUGCACAAGCCCACGCUGCAUUUAUAAUGGCAUGGAGGAUGCAAUCGUACUUUAAAAAUGAUUUAAAAAAGACAAUUCAUCUACCAGAUCAAUGGUACUACCCCAUAGGGCUUUAAGCAAAGACCUCUUAGUAAAAAAAAAAAGAAAAGUUAAAUUUAUUUAUAGAAAUUCCAAAGGCAACAUUAUAUUUAUUUUAUAUAUUUAUUUAUUAUAUAGAGUUUAUUUUUAAUGAAAUAUGUACAGGCCAGAUAGGCAUUUCGGAAGCUUUAGGCUUUGUAAGUGUAAAAAUGCCAGUGGCCGCUAUGAACCUGUGGUAAGUUCAUGUGAGUUAAUGUAAAGGUGCAUGGAUAUAAAAGGAUUCCAGUAACCCCUCUGUUUUGAAAGUGACAAUCUCUUUUGUGCCCAAAUUAUUGUAACACUAUGAACACCACUCAUUAUAUUGAGUAUCACUCUUCUGACUGCUUGUUUUAUGGCUUUCUUCCUCUUCUCCACCUUUUCCCCUCAUGGAUUAAAGAUAAAGUUGGGUCUUCGGAAAUUACCUUGUCUCUUUCAUAUCCAGUUCUAUCAGAUGCAGUCUUACGGUUCAAUGUUAAUACUGGGUACCUGGCUUAUUCUGCAUCUCAAAAGUAAGACAUCCUUAACUGUUGCUGUUGUAUAAUUUAUUACUAAAAGACUGCAAUUUUAAAAUGGAUUUUGGUAGUAAAAUAUCUGGGCCUGUAUUCAUGGUAAAGUGUUAUCAGGAUCAGCGUUCCUUUUAGGUAUUACAGUUACUAGGAAAUUGGGAAACUCUUAAAAAUGUUGAGUAAUGGAAUUAACUUUUUAAAAAUCCGAUUUCAUAAUAAUUACUCUUAACAUAGUUAUACUGAAAAAUGUUUUCUUUUGGAUGAGAAGUGUGUGACUUUUCCAUAGCCUUAGAGGGAAUGCUAAAGAUUCUUGUGAUAUUUUAGGUCUAUGUAUUUAACAGCCUUUCUGAAUAUUGGCUCUGAACAACUGCAACUCUAUGGUGCAUUAGUUUGAAUUGUUCAAGCAACCAUUUCUACUGUAGUCACUUGGUAAAAGUAACAUUUAAGGGUCACAGGCAGUCACAUUUUCAGUGACAUGUGAAAGGAAUUGCUAGAUUUGUGAUGCCCCUGUCCAUUUGCCUGUGUUCAAAUUGAGAUUGGUAAUGUCCUUUACCUGCAGGGAUUAAAGUUGGUAGAAAGCUAACAUGUCAUCCAUGUUAACUUGGCAUUCAAAUGGCAGGAACUUACAAUGAAAACUGUACCAUUGAAAAUAUUAGUUCCCAAAACCUGGGCAGAGUAUAGGCACACAAACUGCAGCCCUGAUUUAUUUUAAAUCAAUAUUGUCAACCAGACUUACAAUCCAGGCAAUGAAAAAUUUAAACUGCUUUGGAAAUUAGUCUAGAAAAAAGCAGCUAGGUUCCUGUUGUAAUUGUUAUGCGUCCUACUGCUUUGACUGCUUGUAUAUCUUUCAAAUGAUUUUUAAUCAUCAGGCACUUCAGAUAUUAAACCAUUCAACAGUCCAGGAAAGAUAAUAGUGAGCAUGAUGGACAGUUCAUGAACUUAGCUGUUCUGGAUGAAACCCACGCCUGGGAUGUUGAUCUGCCAAUUGUGUUGGGUCACAGUCACUAUCUCAUUGAUAUUCCACUGGAACAACAAUUUGCAUUUAUAUAGUGCCUUUAACUUAGUAAGAUUUCCCCAGUUACUGAGCAGGAGAAUUAUCAAACCAAUUUGGUUCUGAUGACAGAAGAAGGUGUUUGGGCCGGUGACCAGUCGCUAAGGUAAAGAAUGCAUUUUAAGGAACAUCUUAAAGAAAGAGAGUGAGUUGGAGAGCUGAAGAGGAUUGGGGGGAAGUUCCAGAGUUUAAGUCUUUGGCAGUUGAGGUUAACUAUUAUGUGAGAUGCUGUUGUGACAUAUUAUACUGAAUUUUAAUUUUGAUGUUUAUUUUGCUUUGCAUUUGUCUAGACACUGUUGAAAAUGACGUGCUUCCUUUUUACAAGCAUCCCAUUUUGUUGUCCAUAAAACCUUAGGGAACUUCUGUCUUGGGUCCUGCAGUUUUUGUAGAUUGUGUCAGCAAUAUCAUCCUAGCCUGUAGGGAUAUGGUAAUUGCAUUUGGCAGCAAAGGCCAGAUUCCUUAACAUGCCCAUCCUUAGUUGCUGGCAUUAUCCAAAGGUCACAUGGAUUCCAAUUUUUUUGGCCAUUCCCUUUAAAAAUAAUAAAGGCAGGCAAAUCACACAUCCAGUUGCCCAUCAACCCUUGAUGAGCAGUCUGGCUCCAAUGCACUGCACUUACAAACUGUAUGAUUCAGGUUUGAUGGUACCAAUUGAGACAACUAUCAUAAGGGGCUUUAACUUAAUUCACCCCCUUGAAGGCAGUAUAGUGAGUAUAUGUGGAAUACUCUUAGAUACCAGGCUGUGUUGAUUAGUGAGAGUUUCACUGAGGAAUUAUAAUGUUCUUUUACCUUUGGGGCUAAAGUAGUGAUACAAGCUUGAUGGACUAAGAGUUGUAAAGGUAAUAGUGAUGUAUAACAAAUAUAUUUUAUUCUGAUCUUUGUCAAUGUAUCUGCCAUAUCUAAGCAUUCAUUAUAUAAUGCCAUGGUUGAUUUCCUGAAAUGUGAUUGGCUGCUAGGUGUGUCUUAUUGCAUAACAGAGCACACCUAAUUAAGUAUGUAAUUUAAUUAA